GGCGCGUCCUUCUCCUCCAGAGGAAGGCAGGGCCAGGCUGAGUCUGACGCGGCGUCGCUGCUCCUUCUCCUCCUGGCUCUCCUUCCUCCGCAGGCGCUUAAAUAGGCCCAGGGCGGUCGGUGCGGCGUCAGAGAGCGGAGACCCUGGCGCAGAAUUCAAAAUAAAGAACAAGGAAAAGAAAUCACAAUGCAAGCUCAUGAAUUGUUCAGACAUCUGCGAAUGCCAGAACUUGGUGAUGUAAGGCAGUAUGUGCGAACUCUUCCAACAAAUACUCUGAUGGGGUUCGGUGCUUUCGCAGCGCUCACAACUUACUGGUAUGCCACAAGACCAAAAGCCCUGAAACCACCAUGUGACUUAGCAAUGCAAUCUGUGGAGGUGGAGGGUGAAGAGCAUGCCCGAAGAUCAUCACUACUUGACAGUGAUGAACCAAUGACAUACUACUAUGAUGACGUGAGAACAGUUUAUGAUAUCUUCCAAAGAGGAAUACAUGUGUCAGACAACGGUCCCUGCUUAGGUGUAAGGAAACCAAAUCAACCAUAUGAAUGGAUGUCUUACAAGGAGGUUGCAGAAAAAGCAGAAUGUAUUGGUUCUGCACUGUUGAACAAAGGCUUCAAACCAUCUUCUGAUCAUUUUAUAGGAAUCUUCUCUCAGAACAGACCAGAGUGGGUUAUUAUUGAACAAGGAUGUUAUACAUAUUCUAUGGUGGCUGUACCACUAUAUGACACUCUGGGAGAAGAAGCUAUCACCUAUAUUGUAAAUAGAGCUGACAUUGCUUUGGUUUUUUGUGAUAAAGCCGAAAAGGCUAAACUUCUUCUGGAUAACACUGAAAAGGGAGAAAUUUCAAUUCUCAAAACUGUUGUGAUUAUGGAUCCCUUUGACAAUGAUCUUGUUUCUCGUGGAAAAAAAUGUGGAGUAGAUAUCAUCAGUAUGAAAGAAAUGGAGGCAUUGGGAAGAGCUCACAAGCACAAACCUGUAGUUCCUAAACCAGAAGACCUAGCCAUAAUCUGUUUCACCAGUGGAACUACAGGAAACCCCAAAGGAGCAAUGAUUACUCACCAAAAUAUAGUGAGCAAUAUGUCAGCAUUUGUGAAAGCUACAGAGAGUGGCAUUUUAGUGAAUCCUGGCGACACACACAUUUCCUUUUUGCCUCUUGCACAUAUGUUUGAAAGAAUAGUUCAGUGUGUGGUUCUCUGCCAUGGAGCUAGAAUAGGAUUUUUUCAGGGAGACAUCAGGCUGCUUAUGGAUGAUUUAAAGACUUUGCAGCCCACGAUAUUUCCAGUUGUUCCAAGGCUGUUGAACAGAAUGUUUGACAAAAUCUUUGGCCAAGCAAACACUUCAUUUAAACGAUGGAUACUGGACUUUGCUUCCAGAAGGAAAGAGGCAGAACUCAGAAGUGGCAUAAUUAGAAAUAAUAGCCUAUGGGAUAAAAUGAUUUUCCGUAAAAUACAGGCAAACCUGGGAGGCAAAGUGAGGCUUAUGAUUACAGGAGCAGCUCCUGUUUCUGCAAAUGUGCUGACAUUCCUAAGAGCAGCCCUUGGUUGUCAGUUCUAUGAAGGCUAUGGACAGACAGAAUGCACUGCUGGAUGUACCCUGACUUUACCUGGUGACUGGACUGCUGGUCAUGUCGGUACCCCAAUGCCUUGCAAUCUCGUAAAGCUUGUUGAUGUAGAAGAAAUGAAUUAUUUUGCUGUCAAAGGUGAGGGUGAGGUUUGCGUAAAAGGGUCAAAUGUAUUCCAAGGAUACCUGAAGGACCCUGAAAAGACAGCAGAAGCUCUUGACCAAGAUGGUUGGUUACACACUGGAGAUGUUGGUAAAUGGUUACCGAAUGGUACCCUGAAGAUAAUUGACCGGAAAAAACACAUAUUUAAACUUGCACAGGGAGAAUAUAUAGCACCAGAAAAAAUAGAGAAUGUCUAUGUCAGGAGUGAACCUGUUGCCCAAGUAUUUCUCCAUGGUGAAAGCUUGCAGGCUUUCUUGAUAGCAAUUGUAGUUCCAGAUCCAGAUGUGUUACCCAGCUGGGCUAAGAAAAAAGGACUAGCAGGAUCGUAUGAAGAACUAUGCAAAAACAAAGAUAUAAAAAAUUACAUUCUGGAAGACAUGCUGAAAAUCGGAAAAGACUUUGGCUUAAAGUCAUUUGAACAGAUCAAAGGCAUUGCUAUUCACCCUGAAAUGUUUUCCAUUGAGAAUGGCCUACUAACACCAACAUUAAAAGCAAAAAGACCUGAGCUCCGCAAAUACUUUCAGUCUCAAAUAGAAGAACUCUAUGCUAGUAUCAAGAUGUAACUGAGAUUUUUUUAAAAAAAGAAAACUGUUGGAGAGAAUAGCACUUGCUAUUGACCUUCAUAUCGAUAAACUGAUUACAACAAACAUAGGGAAGAAAACUGUGCAAUCAUUAACUUCUACGCAAAGGGGUACUCGACAUAGGAAAACUGAAGAAAAAUGGAACACUGCCUUACUGUCCACUUGUGUUGCAGAUCAUUUUUAUAGUGACAUACAACUUCCUCAAUGCGCCUUAACUGUAAAUGGUAUCUAUGUGAUUUGUAAAUUAUUUAAGACUUCUUCAGCCAAAAAUGUGAUUCUUUCCAAGGCAUGUAAAGGGAUUAUGUGUGUUGCUAGAACAUUUAUGUUUUUUGUUGUACAGUUGGUGGUGAAUUCCCAAAAGAUUUGCCAUAUGGAUUUUUUUUUAAGUUUAUCAGAACAGGGGGAUACUGCUAAAGGAGUAUCCCUUACUGGUGUUGAAUCUAGAACUUGGGUAGAAUUCUGCCUGACUUGUUCUCUGUGGAUUACUUGGAAGCUUUAUUUUAAUAUCUGGGUAUCAGUGAACCAACUACAGGAUGAAUUAUCAGAUAUUUUAUCUUUAAAAUUAGUUGAGCAGUGUCUUAUGCCCUUAAGGAAUCUAGACGAAGCUACCCAAGCAACCCAAGGCAUUGGCUUCAUGAGCUCUAGAGAGGAUUGGGAUGUAGUGGUGGCAUGCUGUUGUUAGAGUGCAUGUAGAUGUUGAGGGAGUUCCAGCAUAGAUGUUCAUAGCCUCCUGUUUUGCCCCAGGUUGCCAUAGUAAAGCAGACCUGACUUCUGUCACUUCAUUUACGGGCUCUUGCACAAAAUCUGCCUCUCAUCCACUAAAUAUAAAUCACUGAAAAAAAUAGAAGUAAGUACCCUAAACGGAACUGAUAAGAGUAGACAGUGAAUGUGUAGCAAAGAUACACAGGAGGCAGCAAAUAGAAUGUGGUUUAUCAUGGGACAGGUUUUGACUGGGAGUGGUGAAGGAGACUUGAGUUACCAUGUAUAUAUAUGUCUCGGGGGAAGGGAGGGGUGGAAUUGAAAUACCUUGUAAUAACCCAUGCUUGAGUUUUCCCCCCAUCUAGCAGUAAUUCAUUUCUGUCAAAUAUAUGUAAACAAGCACAACAGAGUUUGCACUAAAGAUUGUGUGAUUGUAAUGCACUACCCAGCUGCAUAAUUUCAUACCUGUGUAUCCUAACUGCACAACAGUAUCCAAGCUAAUACUCCUGAGUAUUAAGUCACUUGUUACAUUGGAGUUCAAAUGUUUGCUUAGUGUUGGCUAUUUCUAUAUUUUAUAAACCAAAAUUUCCAAAAACCAAUGAAGGAAACCAAAAUAAAUAUUUCUGCUUUUAAUCUGA